AUGAGCCUCUUCGGAGGACCACCGCCCCCAACGCCUCCCCCCAUGCCAGUAAAAUCAGCUUCCACAGGCGAGAUCGACGACCACGAGAGCUACGAUCUCUUCGGCGUCGGUCCCAGCAUCUCUGUGGCCACUGCAGUCACGAAGGAACCCGCGCCCAUGGCCAGUACAGCUCCAGUGGAAGAAGGAGGCGCCGGAGAGGUGCCUGUGCAACCUGCAGAGCCAAUAUCACCCGUCAACAACGACCUCUUCCCUGCAGCGGUGUCAACGGAUAAACCAGAGAAACAACCGGCUUCUGAACCGACGUACAAGAUGGCAGGCAACGCUGUUGAUAUUGUGGCCGUCAAGAAUAUGGAUGGAAAGUAUCUUACGACUUCAUGGCACGUGUCGUUCUCAUGGUCGCGCUUUCGAACGAGUUACGCUACAGGUGUGGGCGAUAUGGUCAGGAUCUUGGUCAAUGGGAGAGAAAUGCCGACCAAGAUGGAGUUGCAUGAACGUGGCCGCUGUACGUUUAUAACAGGCGGCUUGAUUAUCCCACCGGACGAUUUGUGUUUCGCUGAUCUGACCGAGGAUCACCCCAACCUUGUGCGGUUUGAGCACUUCCAGAAGUAUACAAACACAGUCCGCUUUGUAGAUGCGAAGCUGCAUCUGUGGGGACCCAACGAAUCGGUCGUCGUGGUCGAUUUGGAUGGCACGCUUACAAUUAGUGACGUGGAAGGCCAUAUCCGCACUCUGCGUCUUGGCCAGUACGACUUCCUGCAUGCAGGAGCUUGCGACUUCUUCACUAAGUUGCACGAACUGGGGAUGCGAAUCGUAUACCUCACUGCACGUCCACUCGACUGGGCUUCGGCGUCACGAACGCACUUGGAGAAUGCAGUUCAACAAUCGAUCUCGCUUCCUCCAGGGGUUCUCAUCACAAAUUCUACAGGUCUCACGGGUGCACUGUUUACUGAGGUUGUCAAUAAGACCCCACACCUUUUCAAGAUCCAAGUACUAAACGAGCUGCAACUCACGCUUAUUCACGCUGGCCGCGUGAUCGAGCAUCCAGUCUUCGUGGCUGGUUUCGGCAAUCGCCCCACCGACAUCGUGGCCUACGAGGAAGUAGGUAUGGACCCAAGCCUCAUCUUCAUGCUGGAUCCGUACUCGAACGUCAAGGCUGUGUCGGACCCGCGUCUCUAUGAGUCGUAUAGUGACCCGAACGCGUUGCUGUGGCUUCUGCCUCGACUCAAGCAUCGCAUACCCAUCGAAAAAGUCGGCCGUAUCGAUGACUACACUGUGCGUGAACUCGUUCUGGCUGAAGAUCGUGAACAGCUGCGUAUGGCUGAGUUGGAGGCUCGUCGACUGCAACAGGAAGAGUUCGAGCGUGCGCGUCAAGAAGCCGACCAAGCCCGAUACACCUCCAGUAAUGCUCUACGCGCUAGCAGCAGAAGUCUCUCCAGGUAA